CCACCUCAGCCUCCCCAGCAGUAGUGCACAUCACACGUGUGGCCACAACUCAGUCUCCUGCACUUCCCUCCUGCCCCUGUUCUUGUUGCCUCAGAGCAGCUCAGGAUGCAGCGUCUGAACACACAGCUGUGCCUCUCCUUGCUGCUGCUGUCCUUGGGCGGCAUGUGGCCAAGAGCUGUGGGCAGCUGGGUUGGAACAGGGCUGGGAUGUGGACUGAGCCCAUCUAUCUCCCCACAGGGUCCCAGGCUCAGAAACAGGACUACAAGGUGCAGAUGCAGAGCCGGGUAAAGGUGCAGGAAGGGCUGUGCAUCCUCGUGCUCUGCUCCUUCUCCUACCCCAGCCAGGAGGCAGGUCCAGAUUCCUCCCCAGCUCAUGGCCACUGGUUCACAGAAGGAACUGACACAGCCACCAGGGAAUCCGUGGUUUCUACCAACCCAGCUCAACCCAUGCAAGCCUGGACUCAGGGUCGAUUCCAGCUGCUGGUAGACCCCCACAGGAACAACUGCACCCUACUCAUCAGAGAUGCCCAGAGAGAGGACCAGAGGCAAUACUUCUUCCAGCUGCAGAAGGGAGAAAAGCUGAAAUAUAACUUCCUGGUGGACAAGUUCUGGCUGGAAGUGACAGAGUCCCCAAGGAAACAUGACAUGGGUGGUGUCCACAAAGGACAGCUCCUGCGGCUGCUGUGGAUUGCAGCUGGCUGGUCUCCCCCCAUUGCUGACCUGGGUCCUGGGGAACCGAGUGCUCUCAAGGGGAAAUGUCACACACCCUGGAACUCUGGGGCUGGACCUGCCUGGGAUGAAGGACAGAGAUGCGGGGUGCUACACCUGCCACGCAGAAAACAGGCUUGGCUCCCAGCACCAUGGCCUGGACCUCUCUGCGCAGUAGCUGGAAAUCUGCAGGAACGGCUCAUCCCUCCAUGUCCUGCAUGGACAAAGCCUGCGCCUGGUCUGUGUCACCCACAGCCACCCACCAGCCACGCUGAGCUGGGCCCGGGGUUCCCAGACGCCCUGGCCUACAGAGCCUGGGAACCAAGGAAGAACCAUAAGGCCAUCCUCAGCUGCCCCAAGCCCACAUCACCCCCACAAGGCCCAGACCCCGAGAUUUGUGCGGAAGAACUCCAUUAUGCUGCUCUCAACUUCCCCCGGCCUCUGGAGACCCCGAGGCCUAGGGACCCUGAGGAGAAUUACAUAGAAAUCCAUUUCCACAGAAGGUCCCCUAAGCUGUAG